GGUCCCCUGCCCAUGGCUCCGCCGCUCCCCACGUGCCAACCCCACCGCCUCUUCCGCCUUCCUCCGCCCCUGCCCCGCCCCCUGCUCGUUAUUGGCUACAUGCAGCCCCGGUCCCUCAUCAUCCGGGCUCCCAUUGGCUGGCAGAGCUGUCACUCAGGCGGGGCCGGAAGGGGCGGCAGUGCCCGGAUGUUGUUGCGCGGAGCCCGGGGGCUGGCGGGGGCGCGGCGGGGGGAGCCCCCGGAUGCCACCAGCAGCAGUGGGGGGGUGCUCGGGACAGGGUCCCCCCUUUCCCACCCCUCCAACGCCUCCAGUGUUCGGGAGCGCUCGGACACGGCAGCAAAGGGCAGCGGCACCGCAGGGAGCGAUGGCAGCGGGGGGGCACCCCAAGAUGACAAAGAGCUGCCCCCCCCCCCGACCCACUGCUGCGGGACCGGGUGCCCCAACUGCGUGUGGGUCGGGUACGUGGAGGAGCUGCUGCAGCGGUACCAGGACGGGGGGGCCCGGGCGCUGGCGGCGCUGGAGGAGCACGUGGAGGAUGAGAACGUUAAAGCCAUCGUGAGGAUGGAGAUCAGGCUGCGCAUGGGGAAGGACUGAGCAUCCCCCGGCCCCCCCAGAGCCAAUGGGGAAC